UAAAAUUAAAUAACAUUAAUAAAUACUUUUCCCCUGGAUUUUUCGUUCGAGAAGUUGCAGAGGAAGCAAAAAUGGCGGAUUAUCAACAAGAUUGGAGUAAACUUCUAUCAUUGGAGAAUCGAGAUUCGGCCGAUUCGGCCAAUUCGGAAGCUAACGGAAGAGACGAAGAAUUUUACGAGAAGAUCGAGGCCCCAAAGUUCGUUGAUUUCUCGAUCCCUGAUCAUUACUGCCCCGACGAUCGUUACUGGUUUUGCCUCCGUGUCGGGUGUGACCAUAAGCACGAGGAAGAAAUGGAUUCCGAAGAAAUCUACAAAAAAUUCGUUCUUCGGGUAAUGGCAGCUAGGAGUCCCAAUGUACGGCUUCGAAAAGCACUUGAUAGAAAUACUUCGAGAACACCGAUAAAAUGCCCACUUUCAGCUCCUCCGAAAUCCUCGAAGCCAAGAUUAUCACGUAUGGCUAUUAUUUCGUCAAUUUCGAAGAAGUUCGUCGAUGAGAAAAAAAGCGUUGUUAGACCACUUCUAAAGAAUGGGUCCACGACGCCAUUGACCAAGACAAGGCCGGUUGCUGCCAAGUAUCUUACAACCCCGAGGAACAAAAACUGCGUACCGAAUCAGAAUUCGUUUCGAAGUGUUCAGAAUCCAAAACCUACUAAUAAUAUUGAAGUGCCUAAAACUCGAAUGGUGGUAAAGGCUCUGGCUUUUCACUCUCCGAAGAAGACUGUCAAGGUGGCGAAGACUUCUUCUGUUGAACUGCGCACGCCCGUGUCAAAAUUAUGCGAAGGGAUGAAAAAGCUCGAGAUUUCAAGUCAGAAGAAGCUUGCCUUGGGCAAUUCUAGCAAAUCAUCUAAGAAUAUGAGUAAUAGUUCUUCGAGAAGACAGUUAAGCAGUCGUACGGUGCAAAAAAGGCCCGACGAAGCUAAAUUUGGAAAAUCUAUUGAAAGUAAGAUCAAAGUGAAGUUAUCGCAACAAAAUGCCUCGAAGAAAUUGCUGGCAAAUGAUCACACAAAUGACACCGAAAGUAGUGAUGUUAAAGAACAGUUGGCUAAGAAAGUUGCAGAAGGGAUUGUACUUCAAGAAUCUACUACACAGGAUGCAGAUUUGACCGUACUAGAUGACUCGAGAAGGGAAGAAAACUGCUCGAAAAUUGUAGAAUGUAACAAUUUAAGAUCUCAAGCUACAGACAAAGAUGAGAAUAAUAGUUCUUCUGAUGCGGGAAGAAACGGGCAUGAAUUUGUGGAUGGUGACGACAAAGAAAACGUUGCAGCCUCGGAUAACAACAGAAUGCAUGAGAAGAACCUGAUGCAAAAUGGGAGAAAGAUCUUUGGCCUGCACGACAAAUCCGGUCAAGUUAAAAAAAAGGUCACUCAAACAUAUGAUAAGAAUUUGAAAGAGGGUCCGAUUUCCUCUGGUGCAGUGACGAAACUCAAGACAACAAACCCCAAACCUUUUAGGCUAAGAACUGAUGAGAGAGGAAUUCUCAAGGAAGCUAACUUGGAAAAACGAAACGAUCCUCUGGCGGCUCCUCAAAGUGAAACUGCAAAUUUGAGCACACCGUGUGGGAAAUUGCAGCAGAGGAAACACGGGAAUCAUGAUAUUCAAAAAGGGAAUACGACGAUACUAAGUGUAAUAAAGACUCCAAAAAAGCAGGAGAGAUCAGCAGCUUCUCCGACAGCAGAAAGUGAUAAACAAAAACCGACAAGUGAUGCACUUCAAAGGUUGGAGAAAUUUAGGAAAAUGAAUUCUCCGACACUGAAAAAUUCUGUCAAGAAGCUUCAAGGGCUUGUUUCAGAAAAGAAGAAAAUGGUGACUUUCUUGAUCCCUGGUAAAAAACUUGACGUCAUAAACGAAACUUCACCCAAAAAAGACGACAAUGUUACGGAACCAAACAUCCACAACACACCAAAGAGUUGUAUUAAGAAACUCAAAUAGGCAAUUUUAAUGUUUGGUUUGUUCAAUCGUUUAUUGAAUUUUUUUUGCAUAUGAUUUCUUGCCAUUGUUGUCCGAUUAUGUAUUUACGUAACAUCUGUGGUUCAGAGUUUUUUCGGUCGAGAAGUGUCUGUAACAAUUAUCAAUAUGCUGUAUUCUUUUUGUGCGAGUGUAAUAACGCAAGACUUUAAGGAGAGCUCAUUUUGUAACUGAUU